AUGGCAGACCCCUUCUCCAUUAUUGCUGGAGCUGGCGGACUCAUUGACAUCUCCAAUGACUUCAUAACUCUACAGGCCGAAGUAGAAACACUAGGCGAUGUCAGUAAAUCCAUCAGAUCAGUCUUCGAUCGACAACGAGCUCUAUGCUCACCAGACCAUGAAAACCCUCAACUCCGAGAUCUAUGGUCCCGUGCUGGAGAGACAUUAGUUUGUUGUACGACAACACUUGUAGAGCUUGAACAAUACGCUGCUACCAUCGUUGGUCAAGACGGACCAACAGUCAAACACUCUUUGGACGCACUCAAAAAGACGGUUCGCAAGCGCUCCAAAGAUCCCGAUCUUCGACAAUGUCGAGAGAGAUUGCAUCGAUAUCAACUACUCCUUAGCUUGGCUUUUCACAUGAUCAACUCACACAUUGGCCAUACCAACCAUGACACUCUACAAGCUCUUUCCCAUGACGUUCGAAAAUUACUGGAGGAAACAUCUGUCCCUCACGAAAAACUUCCACAAGGCACAGGCCAGGAUUCACAACACCAGCUCAUCAACCUACUUACGAUGAAAUUACUAAGAGAUACAGUAGAGCCGAUUCAGUCACCGCCGUCAACCUUUGUCAAUCAGCACUUCCGAGUCCCACAGCCCGUAAGCAGUAUUUUCACUGGCAGAAAAGACAGAUUGGAUGAGCUGUCACGUACCUUUAUCGGAUCGACGGUAUAUACGGCACAACAGAAACGAUUUGUCAUAUAUGGAAUGGGAGGCUCCGGCAAGACACAGUUUUGCUCAAAGUUUGCUGAACAGAAUCGCGAUAGAUUUUGGGGCGUCUUUUGCAUUAAUGCAAGGUCUGAGGAGCUCAUCAAACAAAGUUACUCGUUGAUUGCGACCAUAGCUGGAGUUGAGCCAAACGAGAAAGCCGCCAUUUAUUGGCUUGUAAACAUACAAUUCCCCUGGCUGCUCAUCAUUGAUAAUGCGGAUGAUCCGUCGAUGACGUUAGAGAAUCAUUUUCCCCCUGGAAAUAGAGGUCACAUACUGGUGACUACCCGGAAUCCUCGGUUUAAAGUCCACGGCAACGUUGGGAGUCGCUCAUUUGACUUUGGUGGUCUGGCUAUAGAUGAGGCAAAAGAGUUGCUGCUGCGAGCCGCUGAGCAGCCUGAACCCUGGGACGUCGACACAUUUUCUCUUGCCUCAAACAUUUCGAAGACAUUGGGGCAUCUGGCUCUUGCAAUCAGAGGUGCUGGGGCAGCUAUCAGCAGUGGCAUCUGUACGCUUCGAGACUAUCUCAUCCUUCAUAGAAAUUACUGGCAGUUUAAAAGACGACCGACUAAGAGCAUGAAUACCGCAAGAAACUACGAGGUCUUCUGGGAGGUCUAUACGACUUUAGAUAUAUGUUAUCGCCACAUAGAGUCAAAGCAGACUGAAGCCGCGCGAGACGCUAUAGAGCUUCUUCAUACCUUUGCCUUUCUGCACGGCGAUAGCAUUCGAUUCGACAUCCUCAAACGAGCGAUGAACAACUCGAAAUUCGAGGCUGAGCAACAGCUUCGCAUGGCCGCUGACCAGAAGAAAGAAGGAGCACAGGUCCAAACCUCAAUGGUUGAAAGAAUCAAAGCUAUGGCAGACAUAGUUCGCCUUUUCAUUAUCAUGCCGCAAGAUCCACCCGUAUAUCCAACCGUCAUCAGACAAGCAAUCAAUGCUGAGGACAAGGAUCAGUUCAUUCUUCGUGUACGUGUAGCGUUGAAGGAACUUGUCGAGAUGUCCCUUAUAUGCCACGACCAAGUGAACGACAACUAUUCUAUGCACCCCGUUGUGCAUGAAUGGGCCCGCGAACGAGGAGCUGAAACAUUCUCUGAGCAAGCGCUUCGCUGUGAGGCCGCUGGAAUGAUGAUUUCUGCCUCGAUACUUCUACCACCACUGCAGAAUACCAGCACUGAAAGUCGUUAUGCUCGCGAGUUGCUCCCACAUUUGGACAGUCUCAAGACUUACGAAAUCGCAAUCAAGGAGUUCCUCGAGCGGAAUCGAUCUCGCGGAAGAACAUGGUCAUCAUGGUUCCAAUCAAAGAUAAACAUGAGUCCCCAUCGAUCACUGAUGAAGGCCAAGUUCAGUUUCGUGUACAUGUCGUGCGGGAGAUACGAUGACGCUCGUUCCUUACAAAUUCAAGUCAGGGACUACACUCUUAAAUUGCUAGGACCAAACCAUGAGAAGACGAGACGAAUAUCCCUUGCGCUCUCUGAGACGUACCGACAUCUAGACCGCCCAAAAGAAGCUGCUACGCUACAGAAAUCAGUCCUGAAUUCUUGCUUACACUCCUUCGGUUCAUGGCAUCCAGAAACGCUUCGAGCAAAGGAUAGUUAUAGUAAAAUACUCUGGCAACAAGGUUUCAUGACAGACGCCAAGACUAUGCAGCUGGACGUGGUAAAGGGUUUCAAAAAAUACCUGGAGCCAGGGCACAAAGACACAUUGAAAGCCACACAUAAUUUGGCUCUUUUCGUAUCAGCUUUCUGGGACCAUCAGGAUCUAAAGCAAGCGUACGAGUUGGCUACAGAAGCCGUAGUCGGUAUGCAGAGCUCGUGUCAGAUAGAGCAAGAUGAUGACGAUCUUUUGUUUGCACAAGAAACCCGGGCCCAGAUAGGCUUGCGAAUCAGCCAAGAGUACUACGCUGAAUCCCUAGAUACCAUGCUUCAAAUCUUAGCGAAGCGAACAAGUAAGCACGGCAGGGGGCAUCCUUACACAUUGCUAGCAAUGGUCCAUACUGCGCGGGCGCACAGUGCUAUUGGACAUCAUGAAGCCGCUGAGACACUCGUCGUAGCCGGUCUCGAUAUGGCUGAGAGAAAUCUCUCAAAAGACCACAUCGGCACACUGUUCGGAAGACAAUUUCUAGGCAUGCUUAUGAUCCGUCAGCAUCGCUACGUAGAAGCCGAAGCCAUCUUGCUCGAUGUCUCAAUGCGUCAAAAGAAGACCCCAUCGCUCCGGAUCCGUAGCUACCACCCAGACCGUCUUGGAACGCUCAUCGAACUCUCCAAAUGCUACUUCUAUCAGCAGAAGUUUAUGGACAGUGUCCUUGCGUGCGACGACGCAUUGGUCGGCUUCGAAGACAUCUCAGUCAAAGAGCAUGUCUUGGCAAAGGAGACAAAGGAUAUGCGUCACCGAUGCAUUGAGCUGCAGAAGAGGAAACUGGCUGAUGAGGAUUUGAGUAGUAUCAUCAAGGACGCGGAAGCACAUCCGCAGAUCGAUUAUAGAUCGAUUUGGUUCCAGCCACGACCUCAUGUCUGACCCUUAUCUCGAGUAGAUAUUAUUUCGUGCCCAUCGAUGCGAGGGCCGGCUUCAGCUCUGCCCAAGCUCUCAGGACAGGAGGCGGAUAUCAGUCAUAACGCACUCUGAUCUCCAGCUAAGUAGAGGUCCAAAGGGAUGUCUCGGAGAAUUUACCAGAUAUAGUCUC